AUGGACUCAGGCGUGACUCAACCUGUGGAAGCCGCGAUGAACAGCUGAUCCUCCCGCAGUGGAUAAAACCUAUCAAACAUGGUCACCGCCGACUCAUGAUUCCUCAUCCCACGCGUGACACUAUGUGAAUAGUUAUUGGACAAGUAGACAAAGGAGAACAACUGAAAAGGAGAGUAGAGUGAAGGAGUGUUUGUUUUUGGUUGUUUUUUUGGAGCGUGUUAUUUUGUCCCGGUUUGGACCUGUUGAUCAUCAGCGUGCCAGCCGGACACACAGAGUCUACCUGCCGCUAACUGCUCUGCGUCCACACACCAUCAAUUAUGUUACUAUCAAGUGUUCUCCUUUUCACCUUUUCUCACUUUUUGGCGCCUCUGCUUCUCGGUUACCUGCCUCAAGUCUCCGGACAGAAGCCGGGUUCACGGUGGCUGAUUGGAGACAGAGACAGUCACUGUGGGGUCAUCUGCUCACGGACACAGGGGAAGCCGGUGUGCGGCUCAGACGGGCGAAGCUACGAAACCGGCUGUGAACUGCAGAGGGCCCGUUGUAAAGAUAAAACGCUGACACUGGCACACCGUGGCCGGUGUCGAGGUAAAAACUGGGUGAAAAUCGAUCAGUUGCCAGUGGCUCCAGCACCGACUUCCACAUCUGAGGGGAGAGACAUGGAGCUCAAAGAUGCAGGUCAGUCCAAGUGUCGUGUUGAGAGGAACCAGGCUUUGGAACAAGCCAGGAGACCUCAGGAGUCCAUGUUUAUCCCGGAAUGCAACGAGGAUGGAACGUUUGCUCAGGUCCAGUGCCAUACUCUGACAGGUUACUGCUGGUGUGUCACCAGUGAUGGAAAACCAGUGAGUGGCUCCUCUGUGCACAACAGGACCCCGGUGUGUUCAGGAAACUUCCGUGAAUUUAUGGGAACUCAUGCUGGGACAAGUGGAUUGUCAGGGUCAGUAACCGAUAAACCUCCCGGGCCACCGAACUCUGGUAGAAAAGUCUCUUUCCGUUUCUUUCUCACCCUCAACCCAGAUGAUGGCUCCAAGCCCACACCCACCAUGGAGACUCACAUCCCGCCUGAGGGUGACGAGAUAACCGCUCCAACACUGUGGAUAAAACAGCUGGUUUAUAAGGAGAAUAAGCAGAACAGCUCCACUUCCAGGAAGCAAGAGAAAGUUCCCUCUUGUGACCAGGAGCGUCAGAGUGCACUGGACGAGGCUCGGCAGAAUCCUGGAGAGGGCAUUUUCAUCCCUGACUGUGGGCCCGGAGGCCUUUACAAACCGGUCCAGUGCCACCAGUCCACAGGCUACUGCUGGUGUGUUCUGGUGGACACAGGACGGCCAAUUCCUGGAACGUCCACCAGGUACCAGACGCCGGAGUGUGACGGUGCUGCACGAUCCCGCGUCUCAGACACAGAGGAUCCCUUCCAAGGCAGAGACCUGACAGGCUGCCCAGAGGGGAAGAAAGUGGAAUUCAUUACGAGCUUGUUAGAUGCUCUCACCACAGAUAUGGUGCAAGCCAUAAACUCACCAGCCCCCUCUGGUGGUGGGAGGUUUGUUGAGCCUGAUCCCAGCCACACUUUGGAAGAGAGGGUAGUGCACUGGUACUUCGCCCAGCUGGAUAACAACGGCAGCCACGACAUCAACAAGAAGGAACUCAAGCCCUUUAAGAGGUACCUGAAGAAGAAAGCAAAACCCAAGAAAUGUGCCCGCAAGUUCACUGACUACUGCGACCUGAAUAAGGACAAGGCCAUUUCCCUGCAGGAGCUGAAAGGCUGCCUGGGCGUCAACAAGGAGGGGAGCUCAACAACAAGUGGCAGCCAAGGGACAAGGCAAGGGACAAAAUUGUUCAUAGGUCGUCUGGUGUGAGAAGAGAAGCAUCCAGAAGCUGAGAUGAGAGCAGAGAGCACAGAGGGAAGGCAUCUGUACGCUUGCUGACAGGAAAGAGAAAGAUGGAGCAGAAAAAUUAAGAAGUUCCUGAGUUGAAAAAAAAAAAAAAAGAACAGAAAAACAAGAAAAAAGAAAACGAAGCGGCGCCAAAAUAUUUGCACUUUCUCCUCCCUAUGUUUGACAUUUUAUCUGUUUGUAUGUGUUUUUUUUUUCUCUUGAAGUGACUGAAAAGUUCUAGGUAAGAAUAAGAAUAUAUUUGUAAAAAAAAAUGACUCACCACUGGAAGAUGCGUCUGUCACCACAUUUCCCCUUGUGUUUAGUCUGCUGUUGUGAUUCGUUCUGUUCUCGCAUAACAGGAACAGGUACUAACACACAUUUUGUGGCUAUUAAAUUCAACUUACAUUUCCACUGUUACAUAUAACAGCUCACACAGGCCAGUGGUCACUCACUAAAGAGGAGCUUAGGGUGAGUCACAUUCAGCCCAAAUGUUGCUCGGGAAACUCAAAAGGAAGAGCUACGGCAAUGCAGACCAAUUUAGACAAAUGUGUACUGUUGUAGUCAGCAUGCAAUAUGAAGUGAACAACAUGUAUUAGAACUGAACUGUGACCAUGAUGUCUAAUUUAUAUGCACAGGAUUAGCUGUAUGAAUCCCCUUGCACUAUACAGAACUUUCUGGAUGCGUAAACAUUUUGGCUUAAGAAUCUGAUCUUUGUGAACAAUGUCUGAAGUGUGUUAUGUCACACCAGUGCUGGGAGAACCUAGCUUUAAGGAAGUCAUUAUUUUACAGGCUUAACACACUUAACACUUACUUACAAAUGUACUUUAUGCGCAACCCAAAAACAAUGGAAGACUCACAUAUCAGAAGGUUGUCUGCACAAGAUUACUUGAGAUUUCCAUUGUUUUUCUGCUUUUGAUGUGACAUUUGUGCUAACAAAAAAUGAAACAGUUGUAGUUAUGAAAACACAAUCAAUACAAACAACAGAAAAAUCUGUAGCCGCUGUAAGUAACAACAAAAUAUGAGUAUUUUUAAAGCCCCUCCCAAACACUGGUACCGCACAUAUACUGAGUCAGCAGUAUACUAACACAGCUUAACCCUGUAGCACCCAGCAGGUAAAACAUUUCUACAUGCUUGUGGCACUAUGAAGAUAUUAAAGCUGCAUUAAUUAAUUUGUGACCACUAGGGGGCAAAUGCAAUCCAAAACAAGGGAGGCACAACCCUGAGCUUUGAUUGUCUAAUAAAGUUGGUAAGGCUAACACAUUAGCAGACAGUUGCCUCUUGACAGAUGUAGCCAACACUGACCAAUUUUACCAUCCUCAGUCCAAUAUUUACACUUUUUAGCUUUUUUGGUGCCCUCCAACUACUGAGGGACAUGUCUAGUUUUUCAGCUGCUAAAUGCUCCACUAUGUUCAGCAGCCCAUUGCUGACUGGGUGAAUAAUAUACCCACUCUGUCAUAGCUCAUUUCCUAAAAACAUCUUGAUGAGGGAGAGCGAGCUGUAAAUAAUCGGAAUCAUAAUCAUGAAAACAAACAGUUAAAAGAACUUUAGCUGCAGAGUUAGCUAAUAAGUCUCUGAGUUCAUCUGUACUAGAGAGCAUUUAAUGCUGUUUUAUGAAAAAUAUUGAUUAAUGCAGCUUUAAGUUCAAACCACAGUUAAGGUCAUUGGUUUAGACAUGUCACACUGUUGCUCUCUGUGUGAAUUUAUGUCAUGUUACAUGUCAAUAUGACUAGUAAUAUUACUCCACAAAGACAACGUUAGUAUUGAAAAACAGUUAAAGAAUCUGGGGGUUUCAGUAUGUUAAUGUUGAAUUCCGAAUGUUUUUGAAUUUUUUGAAAUGUGGUUGGUGAUCAUGGGCUCAUCGGGCUCUACUGGUUACCUUUACAAAUCACAAAAACAUAAAGAAAUCUCUGAAAAAGACCCCCUGGUGGGGAUUUUAUUUUUCCAAAACAGAUUACAGUGCAGAGAAUGAGUUUUUAAUAUUCUUAAUAGUACCAGGAAAAAGAGGUAGCACAGAUGACUAAACCCAACCGGUAAAUGGAGUAAGAUGUUUACAUGGCUCAGUAUUCCGUUAACAUCAGCUUAUUUCAGCUGUCAUAUUCACGUUUAUCCCAGUUAUUGUAAACAACAUGUGGCAUUUACAAAUGCCAGUUCCUAAAAUAAAUAUUUGAGUCUCCCCAGUAA